UAGCCCGCUAGAGGUUUAAAGACCCUGCCCUUUUCAACAAUUCUCACUUGCCGUUUUGUGUUAGAAAGAAAUCACCAUGCUCUUGGAUGUCCUUUUAACUCUUUCAGCCUGCCAGAUCGUGGCCACUGCUCAGAUAACAGCUCCAGAUCCCUGCUCAGCCUACAUCAGUCUGAACGAGCCCUGGAGGAACACGGACUAUCAUGUGAACAACUCGGCUGGUGUUCCCUUGUGUGACCGCCACGUUGCAAGUGAGUGGUACCGCUUCACUGGUUUGGCAGGUGACGCGAUGCCUACCUUUUGCAUCGAGGAGAACCACUGUGGCACCCACGCACCGAUCUGGCUCAACGGCACCCACCCGCUGCCUUCUGAUAACAUUGUCACAUUGCCUACGUGUGCAAGUUUCAAUGACGACUGCUGCCAUUGGCGUGGGACGGUGGACGUGAAAGCUUGUCCCAGGGGGUACUAUGUAUACCGCCUGCCACGCCCCUCAGUUUGCUUCCAUGUGUACUGUGGCCAUUUUUAUGACAUCUGUGAUGAGGUGGAGUGCACUGGUCCAGACUGCCCACUGCAACUAGAGUGUCGUUGUCCUGCUGGGACUUUUCUGGGGCCAGACUCUCAGACUUGUUUGGAUGUAAAUGAAUGUGAGAGGAGCAAUGGCGGAUGUGCUGAAAUUUGUGUAAACACCAAGGGUUCGCGGCAGUGUGUGUGUGGCCCAGGCCGAGUUCUAGAUGCUGAUGGCCAGACCUGCAACGAGAUCGCAGGUUGCCACAAUGUGAAUGGAGGUUGUAGCCAUGGCUGUUCAUCAGAGGAAGACUCGUAUUACUGUCACUGUCCCAGAGGCCUUACAUUGGGGGACGACAAGCGAAGCUGCCAGGUUCCUGUGCAGUGUAAUCCCAGCUCUAUUGAUGUAUCUGUUCCCAAAGACCUUGUGGGUGGCCUAGAGCUCUUUUUGUCAAAUUCCUCGUGUCGCGGAGUCUCUAAUGGCACUCACAUCAACCUUCAUUUCAGCCUGAAAACCUGCGGCACAGUGGUCAAGGUAAUUGAUGACAAAAUUGUUGCCACAAAUCUGGUCACCGGACUGCCAAAGUCAAGUCCAACCAGCAGUGGAGAUCUAAUUGUACGCACCAGCAAGCUUUUGCUGCCCAUAACAUGCGAGUUCCCAGGUCACUAUGAGGUAUCAGACGGCUACCUUCCCAAUGUACGCAGUUCUGCACUAGAGCUGUCAGGACACAGUGAGGGCGUCUUCCCAUUUACACUGGGACUGUUUAAGAGCGCAAAAUUCGCAGAGCCUUACAACAGUCCUCCGCAACUGCGCUUACGUGACGUGCUGUACUUUGGUGUUGAGCCACGUGAACGUGUGGAGGGUCUUGCUGCACUCGUGGAGAACUGCUUUGCUACACCUGGGCCUGAAGCUGACCAAGUCCUCAAAUAUUACCUAAUUAAAGACGGCUGUAUUUCGGAUGAGACAGUACGCCAGCUCUCUGCUAAAGAUCAGCUCUCCAAACACUACCAGGUCCCUGUCUUCAAGUUCAUCGGCAGCGACAACAGGGAGGUGUACCUGCACUGCCGGGUGCUAGUGUGUGGUGAGGGUGAGUCACGCUGUACGCAGGGCUGUCGCGGACGUCUAAGGAGAGACCUCUGGACUGAUCAGCACCAGGAGAAACGCAUACUAACCGGGGGACCCAUAAUCAUUCUACCAGAUCCGUAACAUGCACACACACAACCAAUCUAUCUGUUACCUUGAUUCUGUGUUCACGUAAACAUUAUCGCAGCAGGCCUGGUACAGAGACCCAAUUAACCGCAUACCAUCUUCCAAUUAGAAACACAAUGAUUUGAGUGCAUUACAUUUCACAUAAAUAGACUGAUGUUACACUUCACUCUCUUGCAUUAUCAUAUGAUCUUUUCUCUGAUUUAAUAGAAGCAUGAACACAUCAAUGUUCUAAGCCAGUCCUGAGCUAUUUCGGAAUAUUUAUAUAACUUUUAAUAAAGAAUUUACAUUUAUGUCUGUUGUAAAUAAUUAAGACUGCAAAUGUUUGCAUAGAACUUCCCUCUGCAUGUGCCCUUGCAUCAGAUCUUUCAUUAUGAAUAUCCAUAAUAUACUUUAUAAAUUUUUCUUUUGUAAAAGUUAAUUAUUUUUCAAUAGUUUUAUGUGUUUAUAAUAGAGGUGUAAUACAACGCCACAUCUUCCUCUGCUUAACAUAUCCAUAUAUUUGCAUUUACAGUAUCCUGUUGUGGUUGAAACACUUGUUUUGUAUUUACAAAAGAAAGAAAAGAAUGAAAAUAUGAACACCAUAAAUAUGAACAGGAAAUUCCAGAGGCUAAAAUGUGUCCUGAAAGUGACUCUGAAAGUUUCAUAGCCUCAGCUACAUCACUCUAGUUCACAGUUAGUCUCAGAUGAUGUGCAUUAACUAAUUUCAAUAAAUUUACGCGGAAACUUGGGAUAUGUGAGGAGCC